AUGGCUCUCGAUGAUACUGCACCGGAACUCGACGAAGGCGCCUUCCGCGUCUUCGUCCGCUCGUUUGCCAUGAUCAUCGUUUCCGAGAUCGGCGACAAGACCUUCCUCAUCGCCGCUAUCCUCGCUAUGCGGCACCCCCGGCUCGUCGUCUUCCUCGGGGCUCUCUGCUCGCUGGUGGUCAUGUCCUUCCUCUCGGCAGAGCUCGGAAACCUGCUGCCCACGCUAAUACCCAAGCGCUGGACGCAAGCAUGCGCCGCUGUGCUAUUUUUAGUCUUUGGCGUUAAGAUGAUGCAGGAAGGCAGGAGCAUGCGCGCGGACAAGCUCGAGGAGGAGAUGAAGGAGGCGGAGGAGGAUAUCGAGGGUGACGAAGCGAUGGCCGACGGGACGGGCAUUGUGAUGCACCACAGAGAGGAUGUGAUCCCACUAGAGGAGAUCGAGGAGGGCGGCAGACCGAACGGCCAUAGACGCAGCAUCAGCGUCAUCUCGAGUGGCAGCACACCCAAUGGACGCAUGCAAAGCCGGACGCGGAAGUAUGCAGAGGCAUUGAGAAACUUCUUCAGCCUAUUCUUGGGACCUGUCUUUGUGCAGGCUUUCGUGCUCACCUUCCUCGGCGAAUGGGGUGACAGAAGCCAAAUAUCCACUAUCGCGCUCGCCGCGGCGCACAACGUAUACCUCGUCACUAUUGGAACCGUCAUUGGGCACUCGAUGUGCACUGCACUUGCCGUCAUCGGUGGUCGAUAUGUCUCCACAAAGAUAUCUGUGAAGCAUGUCACCCUUGCAGGUAGCAUGCUUUUCCUCGCAUUCGGUUUACUGUACCUCUACGAAGCCUUCUUAUCGAUAGACACGGACAGUGCGGACUUCAAUCCUGCGAAUUAG